AUGGGCUCAGUUGUCCUGCCCCAUCUGGUCACUGGCUGGCAUGUCGAUCAAGCCAUUAUGAGCGAAGAAGAGCGACUUGUCGUUAUCAGGUUCGGCCGCGACUGGGAUCCUGAUUGCAUGCGUCAGGAUGAGGUUCUCUAUCGAAUUGCCGAUCGCGUGAAGAACUUUGCGGUUCUCUACGUAUGUGAUCUCGACCAGGUCCCAGAUUUCAAACAAAUGUACGAACUGUAUGAUCCCGUCACCCUAAUGUUCUUUUUCCGGAACAAACACAUGAUGUGUGAUUUUGGGACAGGUAAUAACAACAAGCUCAAUUGGGUCCUUGAGGAUAAACAAGAGCUCAUAGACAUCAUUGAGACGAUAUACAAGGGAGCCAAGAAGGGAAGGGGUCUUGUUGUGAGCCCCAAGGAUUACUCGACUCGGUACCGGUAUUGA